GCCUUGUAUCCUCUCGCCUCCGGUCUUGAACCGCUAGCCGCUACCUACGCGACUAGGGUCUGACUUCGACACCUGAAACCACUUCGUACUGGUUCCUUUCAGCCUUCCCGCAAAGAGGAAGCCCAGUGAACGUUCAAAUUGUUAAUGCUGCUCCAUCACUCCAGUCUCCGACCCCAAAGGGUUGUAGGACUCUUUGGAAGUGUAGCCGACUUCACAGUUCUGAAUGUCAGCUGCUGAGGAUGCCAGUGGACGAUGAGGCAGCUGAAGAGGACUCGGAAGCGGUCUCCUCCUUCAGGAGAAGCAAGAGUGUUUCCAGAUGACAGAGCUUAACAAUUUUUGUACGAUAUGGAGCAUUUUGAUUUGGUGGAAACUUUACAAAAAACUUCACCUUCUUUAGACUCUAAUAUCAAAAGUAUUCCCCAUUCUCUUGGAUUGAGCUUGCGUGCUAAUAGAAGUAGUCCCCACCUUAGUACAAAUGGGGUAUCCUCUUUCUCAGGGAAGACCGGGUCACCUGUCAGUCAAGGCACAGUCGAAGUCCUCACCGCUUUAACACAAGAGCUGCAGAACAGUGGCCCGGCUGACUCAGAACUUUGGAAGAACUGUGAGGCCAGGUGGUUGCAGCUGUUCAGUGCGGUUGAGCGGCAGUGCCAGGAGCAGAUUGUCGCCCAGCAGGAGCAGUUCCACAGGCAGAUCCAGCGCAUCCAGGAGGAGAUAAGGAAGUUAGUGAAACUGCAGAUCAGCAAUGCUUCCUGGCCUUCCUGUAGCAGCAGUUCUGUGAGCAAACAGCUGUCCUCAGAAAGCCAAAUGGGCUUCUUUUCUGAAAACAGCGAAAGAAAUGAGUCUGUUCUCAGUUACCCAGAGUCUAAGGAACCUGAGACACAGCCAGAAUCUUCCUCAUCCCACCCAGACUGCAAUGUGGACAGCAGCUCAGUGAGUAGUGGCUACGGCACCUUCUGCAUCCUGGAGACGAACGCCCACAAGGCUAAGGAGCCCAUGGAGCCCAAGGCAGCUUCCCAGGGGCAGCACACAGCCCCUGUGGCGCAGGCACACGCCCCUGAAGGUGGCACAGCGGCCAUAAACUUUUUUGCACAGACCCCUGAGGAGCUUUGUACAUCUCUAAAGGAAGAUGUCUCUACUUUUCCUGGUGAAUUUGAACAUGAUUUUCUCGGUGAAAACAAGAUUUCGGAAGUAUACAGUGGAAAAGCAAAUAGUAGUAAGUCUGUAACAUCAUGGGCACAAAAGCUGAAGCAGAACCAGCCAAAGCAAGCACACACAGAAGACGGCUACUCAAGACCCACGCCGGGGAGCGAGUCCAACCGGAAGCCUCCAGUGGAAACAGUCAACCUUGCCGCCGCCGCACAUCCUUGUGCCUUUUACCUCAGUAAACCAACUGAAAGCCCAGGUUCUUGCAUGUCUGAUUCAGGAACAGGGCUGACUUACUGGAAGCUGGAGGAGAAGGACUUGUACCACUCUUUGCCUGAAACUUUGGAGAAGAUGUUUGUGCCGUCCUCUCCAGAAAGGCCACUGAGCGAGGUCCUGAGUCUCGAGCCAACCACACACAUGAAGCCAAAGGAACAGGCUGUGGGGACUGGGCCCCAUGGCUUCUUGAAUGCUCUUGAUGACAGAAUAUCCUUUUCACCAGACUCUGUUCUGGAGCCAAGCCUAUCUAGUCGCUCUGACAUUGACUCGUUUUCACAAGCAAGUCCCAACGCUUCUCAGGUAUCUGGGUUCCCCAAAUACCCUUCGGCUGUGAAGGCGUCACCUGUGGACACUUGGAAAGGCCAUCCAUUCCAAAGUGAAAGCAGGGCCAGUUCCGCGGUGCCUUCCCUCUACACCAUCACUAGCACCGACAUCUCAGUCAAAACUGUAGAUGAAGACAACACUGUCACGGUGGCUUCCACCUCAGUCAGUCAGUCCCAGCUUCCAGGUACAGCCAACAGUGUCCCAGAAUGCCUUUCAUUGGCUUCCCUGGAAGAUCCUGUGAUGUUGUCUAAAAUCCGGCAGAACCUCAAGGAGAAGCACGCACGGCACGUAGCGGAUCUCCGAGCUUAUUAUGAAGCAGAGAUAAGUAGCUUGAAACAGAAACUGGAGGCAAAAGACAUUUCUGCCGUGGAAGAAUGGAAGAAGAGAAAUGAAGUUCUUGUGGACAGAUGUGGCCAGUUGGAUAGUGCAUUGAAGGAAGCUACUAGUCACGUGCGAACACUUGAGAAUAAGAAAGAUUUGCUAGAAAUAGAAGUGAGGGACUUGAGAGAGCGCGUCAGUGCGGCCAGCAGUGCCUCCAAAAUUCUGCAGGAACGGAUCGAGGAAAUGAGAGCAAGCAAUAAAGAAAAGGAUCACACCAUCAUGCGGCUCAAGUGUCGGCUGCAGGAUCUGGAAGAAGCGUUUGAGAAUGCUUACAAACUCUCAGAUGACAAGGAAGCGAGGCUGAAACAAGAAAAGAAAAUGUUUCAGGAUCUCUUGGGAGAGUACGAAUCCCUGGGGAAAGAGCAUGGGCGUGUAAAGGAUACAUUAAACACAACUGAGAACAAACUGCUUGACGCACACACUCAGAUUUCUGAUUUGAAAAGGAUGAUCUCCAAACUGGAAGCUCAGGUGAAGCAAGUGGAGCAUGAGAACAUGCUGAGUCUUCGUCACAGCGCUAAAGCUCCCACGAGGCCAUCGCAGGCCACCACACUAGCAACCUCAGAUGUGAGUAGGAGGAAGUGGCUGAUUCCAGGAGCAGAGUACUCCAUUUUUACUGGGCAGCCUCUGGACACCGGGGACAGGAAGAUAGAUAACCAGCUGGAGGAAACCUGUGUUCCUGGAUACCACUCUCCUCCAGAAAAGGACCCUUCACUUGGACGGUCACCCGCAAGCUUAUUGAUUAAAAAGCAGCGGGACACUCCAGACACACCAGUCAUGAAAGCGUUAAAGGAACUUGAUGAAGAAAGAAUGUUUAAGAAUUGGGGGACACAGACAGAGAAAGAGGAUACCUCAAGUAAAUUAGUGAAUCCUCGGCAAACUGAACCUUCAGUCAAUACAGGCCGUUCCCCAGAGAAAGGUGCCCAGCAGAGACCAAAGAGACAGAGUUCAGCUUCACAAAGAUCAUCGUCUCUCCCACCCUCCAUUCGGAAAGCCAGCACUCCAACAAAAAGAGAGAUUAUGUUAACACCAGUGACUGUGGCUUAUAGUCCUAAACGGUCCCCUAAAGAAAAUUUGUCCCCAGGAUUUAGUCAUCUACUUAGUAAAAAUGAAAGCAGUCCAAUUCGAUUUGAUAUCCUUUUGGAUGAUUUAGAUACUGUUCCUGUGUCCACCGUACAACGAACCAAUCCAAGGAAACAGCUCCAGUUUCUUUCUCUAGAUGACUCGGAAGAAAAAAAGUAUUCAGAGAAAGCCAGUGACAGCCCUGUUAAUCAUAGCUCUUGUCCUGCACCCUUGCCAAAUGGAGUGAGGAAAGUGUCCGCGAGACAAGCCUGGGAGAAGAGUAAAUCAGUUAGCCUGGAGCAGUGCAAGCCGGUGUCAGCAGCGCCACAGGGUAACGAUUUUGAAUAUACAGCAAAAAUUAGGACCCUAGCAGAAACGGAGCGAUUCUUUGAUGAACUCACAAAAGAAAAAGACCAGAUUGAGGCAGCAUUAAGCCGGAUGCCUUCUCCUGGAGGAAGAAUCACUUUACAAACAAGACUAAAUCAGGAAGCCUUGGAAGAUCGUUUGGAAAGGAUCAAUCGUGAACUGGGUUCAGUUCGAAUGACACUCAAGAAGUUUCAUGUCUUGCGCAGCUCUGCAAACCUUUGAGAUUGGUGGUCAUUAAAGUUGAGACGUUUUUGUCUGCGCUGAUGUACAGUCAUGCACUCAGAAAAAGGCAGGCUCUUUUGUACUGUUUAUAAGACUUCAGACAGUAGUUUUACAAUCAUGUUAUUCUUACACUUGGUAUUUUAUACUUCAAAUGGACACAUAUUUUCAAGAUAUUUUUGUUAUGCUCAGGAACCUCUUGUAUAUUUUACUAUUUAAAAAGCAUUAUUUUUAAAUAGUGUAUGUCUUCAAUUUCUAUCAACAAUAAGGAAAUGUAAACAGGAGGAGGCUUGUUGCUAAGGAAAUAGUGUUAUCCUUUUACAAUGAACUUUGCACACGGAUUUUAUAAACUUGUUCUACAUUGUAAAUAUAAUUCAUUUUUAAAAUAAAUGCUUAACAGCUUCCAUAAGGAUAGACUAUUAAAAAGUUACAGUAUAAUUUGCAUUUAGAUUCUGUAGAAGUCUUUUAGAAAUGGUAACACAAUUCCUAUGUGAAACACAUGCCUUGCAGUGAAUAGUAGAACAGUUAGGCCAGCAAGAUGGCUCAGCGGGUCAAAGCACUUGCCACCAAGCCUGA